AUGACCUAUAUGCAGUCAGACUCCACUGCAAAUGCCACCUUUGUUCGCCCUGGAAUUUUUUUGAUCAACGGCUUUUCUAAUAUCCCACAUGCAAAGUACUACUAUGUGUUCUUGUGUGUUGUGUAUGCUGUGACUGUUUUUGGGAAUUCUUUCAUCAUGUGUACCAUUUAUUUGGCCCGUAGUCUCCACACAGCUAAAUACAUUUGUGUCUUCAACUUGGCCCUUUCUGAUCUAUGUGGGAGCUCGGCUUUAAUUCCAAAACUCAUAGACAUGUUUUUGUUUGAGCACCAAGAAAUUUCAUAUGAAGCCUGCUUGGCAAAUAUGUUUUUUGUAUUUCAUUUCAUGAACCUGCAGUCUUUAACACUCCUUGCCUUGUCUUACGACAGACUGAUCGCUAUUUGUUUCCCUCUAAGGUAUCAUGCAAUUGUAACCAACACAACCAUGUUUUUGAUCACAGGGGUUAUGUGGAUUUUUUCUGUGUCUAUUAUUGCUGUACUUGUGGGUUUGGUCAAUAGACUCUCUUUUUGUCGAUCUAAUGUGGUCAAUAGUUAUUUCUGUGAUCACGGCCCUAUCUUUAGAUUAGCUUGUAAUGAUAAUUCCAUAAAUAAUAUCAUGACACAAAUUUGCUUUGGUCUCUUGAUUUGCAUGCCACUGUUACUGAUAAUCAUAUCAUAUUUCUCCAUUGCAGUGGCUUUGCUUAAGAUUGCCCAUGGUGGUGACCGGAUGAAAGCCAUGAAAACCUGUAUUUCCCAUCUCAUGUUGGUGGCAGUUUUUUAUCUCCCAAUUUUAGGUGUUAAUAUUGCAGCUUUAAUGACAUCUCUCCAUCCAAAUGCACGGAUAAUUAACAAUUCCCUGUCGCAGACAAUACCACCUAUGCUGAAUCCAAUCAUAUACACUUUAAAGACAGAGGAAGUCAAGCAAUCCAUAAAAGAACUGUACAAACGAAGCAAGGUGAACAGUACUACUGAAAGAAAUAUGAAAUGCAGAAGAAGAAAGUUAAAUCUCACACCUUCUGAUCAUUGUGUGAAUAAGAAAAAACAGGUGGUGCAUUUUGUCCCUCUCAAUAUUGCUGUUAGUUGA